UGGUUCAGCCCUGGUUCAGUUCUGGUUCAGUUCUCUCCUCUCUCACUGACUUUGCAGACAGCACACUACUCAGGAUGCUCCUCGGGCUGCUUCUGUCGCUUCUCUGCACCUGUCUCUGCUCCUGUCCUGUUUCGGGGGGUAAGGUGCUGGUGUUUCCUCUGGACGGGUCUCAUUGGGUGAACAUGAGGGUUCUUUUGGAGGAGCUUCACUCCCGAGGUCAUGAGGUCACGGUGCUCCGCCCCCUGGACACCUGGUACAUAAAGGCGGAGGCUCCAUUCUAUCGCUCCAUCACCAUAAACGCCUCCGCCGGCUUCAGCGAGAAACAAUUCGGCUCAUUCACUGCCAAGAUGGUGCGUUUGCGGCGUGAGGGCGCCUCCAUGUGGACGCGCAUGGCUCUGGAGGUGGAGAUCGUUCAGGCAUUUUAUGAGAUGAACCGACAGAUCGUGCUGAUGCUGGAGCAGAUGUUUGAGAACCAGAAGCUGAUGAAGGAGCUGAGAGACGCGCGCUAUGACCUUAUGCUGACAGACCCGGGCAUCGGGGCAGGCGUGCUGCUAGCGCACAAGCUAAAACUGCCUCUGGUGCUAAACGUGCGCUGGACGGUGCAGGGGGAGGGGCACUUUGCCAUUGCACCUACGCCGCUGUCCUACGUGCCCAUCCCCAUGACUGAAGCCACAGACCACAUGAACUUCCUCCAGCGCCUCAAGAACAUGCUGGUCUUCUUCUUCACGCGGCUUCAGAUUUGGUACGUGACCGACCCAAACUACAAACCCUUUGUGCACAAACACUUUGGUCCUGGGGUGCACUACAUGGAUCUGUUCCAGUCGGCCGACAUCUGGCUCAUGAGGAACGACUUCACCUUUGAGUUCCCUCGUCCGACCAUGCCCAACGUGGUCUACAUGUCGGGCUUCCAGUGCAAAGAGCCCAAAGCUCUGUCCUUGGAGUUGGAGGCGUUUGUGCAGAGCGCCGGAGAACAUGGCGUCAUUGUCAUGACCCUAGGGACACUCGUGGCUGAACUGCCCCAUGACAUCAGCGAGGAGGUGGCAGCUGCGUUCGCUCAGCUGCCUCAGAAGGUCAUCUGGAGACACAAGGGCAGGAGACCGUCCACUCUGGGGAACAACACUCUGCUGGUGGACUGGCUCCCGCAGACGGACCUCCUCGCUCACCCACAGACACGGCUCUUCGUGGCUCACGGUGGAACGAACGGUCUCCAGGAGGCCAUCCACCACGGCGUGCCUCUGGUGGGGCUGCCGCUCAUGUUCGAUCAGCAGGACAACUUCUUCAGGAUGCAGAUGCGAGGAGUGGCCAAAGUGUUAGAUGUUUCCACAGUGAACAGAGACGUGUUCCUGGAGGCUCUGAAGGAGGUUCUGCAUGAACCUUCAUACAGAGAGAACAUGAAGCGUCUCUCAGCUCUGCACCGAGACCAGCCGCUCAAACCGCUGGACCGAGCCAUGUUCUGGAUCGAGUUUGUGAUGAGACACGGAGGAGCCAAACAUCUGGUCACAGAGUCCUACAGACUCUCCAAGGUCCAGUACUACUGCCUGGAUGUAGCCGCAUUCCUGCUAGCGUUAGCCGCUCUGAGCCUGUACGUCUGCACAAAGACACUCAGAGUCCUCUGGGGGGCGCUGUUCUCCAGAAGAAAAUCCAAAACAGACUGAACUCAAUGUGCAGAGGACCAGAACUGACAAAACUAUAGAUAAACACAUGAAUAAACCAAGUGACUUAUUGUUAAAUGUAUUUUUAAAUAAUAAAAAGUGCUGUGUCUUUUUUCAGACACCAACCCAGUUACAGACUGAAGUUCAUCCCACCCACUUAAUUUGCAUAUAGUGAC